CUGACGUCUUCCAAAAUUCAAGAGACAACAACAUUGCAACGACAAAACUACUUUUGUGCAUCAAUAAUGGACAGAAAAGCUUUGAUCUGGACAUUUUUAUUUUUAGCAAACUUCAUCCAUUUAGGACAUCUCAACCCUGCAGUGGGUUUUAGUGCUUUACUUACGCACAACAUGUACCUAGGUAAUAAACAGGCAGUUAAAUACGACAAAGUAAUUACUAAUUAUGGAAACGGAUAUGACAAAUGGUCUGGCCACUUUAAAGCUCCAAUGAAAGGAUUAUAUGUAUUUUCCUGUUCUGUUAUGGCUAUCAACAAGAAUUACAUAAAUAUCGCAUUGGUUAAAAAUGGUCAAUGGGUGGCAACAAUUUACUCAAAUCCUUCGUAUUUUGAUCAGGCUUCGGGGACUGUAGUCGUAGCCUUGAAGAAAGGAGACAGAGUCUGGGCAAGACAGGCAGAUGGAGGGCGGCAUGUGUUCGGAAAUUAUAAUUUGUUUACAGGAUAUCUAAUUUCUAAACAAAUUUAA